AUGAAAAGUGGGCGUCAAUUGAACAAGCAAGAGCAGUUAGCUGCAAUGGGUACACGACGGUUUUCCCUUUGGAAUUUUUGGAUUGCGUCUUUGGUAUUGAAAAUACUGUUGAUUCCUGAUUAUUUCAGUACAGAUUUUGAUGUUCAUAGGAAUUGGUUAGCCAUUACUCAUAAUUUACCACUGCGCCAAUGGUAUUAUGAGGCUACCAGCCAAUGGACUCUUGACUAUCCGCCAUUUUUCGCAUAUUUUGAAUGGUUUUUAUCACAAUUUGUACCUGGAACAGUGAAGCAAGAUGGAUGCCUUGAAAUUGUCGAUAAGGGUCAAUUCGGUUGGUCAACGCUGGUUUUCCAAAGGAGUACCGUUAUAUUAAGUGAAAUCCUGCUAUUUGUCGUCUUACAAGUUUUCAUUAACACGAGUAGUGUUACUGAAAGGACGCAAAGCUUUGUCAUUGCUUCUAGCAUUGUCCUCUCGCCAGCUUUCCUAAUUGUGGACCACAUUCAUUUCCAGUACAAUGGAUUUCUCUUUGCCAUUUUGAUUGCAUCCAUAGUGGCGGCUAAACGCGGUAAAUACCUUUGGUGUGCAACUUUCUAUUCUGUGGCCCUGUGUUUCAAGCACAUCUUUUUAUAUUUGGCGCCAUGCUAUUUUGUCUUUUUACUAAGGGCUUACUGCUUGAACUUCCAAGAUUUCAAAUUUAAAAGCUAUAAAGAUUUAAUCUUCAUCGUUAAAUGGAGACACCUGUUCCAGUUGGGUAGUAUUGUCAUUGGUGUAUUUGCGCUUUGUUUUGGACCUUUCGUCAAAGAUUUACCGCAAGUUCUCACCAGGUUAUUUCCCUUUUCUAGGGGAUUGACUCAUGCCUAUUGGGCUCCCAACUUCUGGGCUCUGUAUUCAUUUUUGGAUAAGAUUUUAACUGUAGUCAUGUUGAAAUUGCCCUACGUGCAUCAGUUUACUUCCAAGUUUAUUCAACCUCCAUUGAUUCCUUCAACUAUUGAUGAGAUUAAACAGCGUAUUGCGCAGAAUAAUAACGGUACUAAAGGUUUGGUUCAAGACGUCUUCUUCGUGAUUUUACCUCAAAUUACACCAAAAUUGACAUUUGCCCUAACGGCAUUUUACCAAGUCUUGGCAGUGAUCCCUGUCUUAUUUGACCCUUCGUACAAGAGAUUUAUUGGUUCUCUGACCCUUUGCGGAUUAGCGUCCUACUUAUUUGGUUGGCACGUUCAUGAAAAGGCUAUCAUGUUAGCUAUUGUACCAUUUUCAUUUUUGGUGGCUUGUGAUAGAAGGCUUUUGACUUCGUAUAUGCUAUUGGCGGCUUCAGGUUAUGUCUCAUUAUUCCCAUUAUUGUACGAAAAUCAAGACUUCCUGCUCAAAUGUCUUUAUACAUUGGUUUGGUGUAUGAUUUAUUUCUAUGCAUUGAGAAAGACAACCUUUUUAUCAUCAAGUGUUGAAAGGAGAGUUUUCUUUUUAGAUCGUCUCUCUAUGAUUUACAUCUAUCUAUUAUUACCAUUGGUGCUUGGAGUUCAAUUCCUUGAUAUGAUGAAAUGGAGAUAUCCUCUUUUCCAGAAAUUUGAAUUCGUUAGUCUAAUGAGUUACAGCGUUUACUGUUCGUUAGGAAUUAUCGGUUCAUGGGCUGGAUUAUCCUGGUUAUACAAUUUUGAUGAACCACUUUGGGAAUAA